UUUUUUCACUCUCCAAUUCAGGAAGACAAAAGAAUUUGUUUCUCUGACGCAAUUUUGUGUAUUUAAUCUUCACUUCCGAGUGCUCUGUGUGCUUCUCAGACUUCCAAGAAGAGUGAAGCUGCGUGGUUGAGAAUGCCAUGGGAAGAUCAAAGCGUAGAGCUAGGAAGAACAACACCACGGUGAUCCUCGCGAUCGUAUCGAAGUCCGAUGGGAAAACGGAAAAUUUGAGUAGAGAUCGCCUUGUCUACAGGGCCGAAGGGAAUGCCAACCUGGUGCUGGCAAUUCCGGACUUGGGGCAGGUGCUGCGAUUGCGGAAAUCACCAACAAAUUGCGAUCUCGAGGCUCCCUCAAUUGAUCAUGUGAUCAUGGUUACGGAAUACGCGAAAAUUGUGGGGAGUCUCUUUGCCAGGGAAUUCACGAUCGAACCACAACUUGUUCUACUACGAAUUCCAAAUUAUGAUACGGUCAACAGGUGGCUCAAUCAAUUCCGCCCAUCUGUGAGGUGUGACAAAGAAAUUCGAUGCAGAGCGGGGAUUCUCUAUCCUGAUCUUGCGAUCCUUCGGCGUGAUCUUCUACCUCCCGAUAUACAGGUAACUGGUGAGACGUAUUGUGUGGAGAUUAAACCAAAGCAGGGAUGGAUGUUCCCUGAGGAAAUAUUCAAGGCUCUCUUCCCUGAUCUAAGUGCAAAAUUAUGUCGCUUCUGUGCCAUGCAGUAUCUCAAACUCGUUAAAAAGACGAUAAAACGUGUCAGUAAUUACUGUCCAAUUGACUUAUUCUCUGGCGAUCGCGAUCGUAUGCUAAGAGCCCUCCGUGGUCUCGUGGAGACACCACAGAAUAACUUUCGCAUGUGGCGAUCAGGGCAGCUGAUCUAUGGCGAUGGAAUCGAUUGUGGUUUGCAGGAUGCUCUCGAAGAUACCAUGCUCCAGGGUGACCCAUCAAAGAAUUUAGAUAACUUCCUCCAGCUCCUCCUGACAGCCAUACUCAACGAUUCUACAGGGACAACAGUGCCAAAUGAAAGUCAUCCCUUACCACGUGGAAGUAUUCUUAAGCAAAUCCUCGAUGUUCAAAUGUUUGCACGGGAUAAUCUCACAACAACCGUGGAUGGUGCGUCAAUUGACGAGGAGCAAUCCUUUGGGAAUGUUGCGCAAAUUCUGGCAAAAAGACGCAGCACUUCCGAGAAUUGGCUGGAAUCACUCAGUGGGGCUGAGAAGUAUUUUCUAGGGGCCACCGCCCUCGAUUGCUCCCUCAUGAUGACAUUCCAGAAAGUUACAGCUGGUGGAGACACGGAGGAGCGUCAUACAAUACGUGUUGGUGAUGAGAGGUUUGCAGUGUCCAUGACAGUGAUGGAUUUGGAUCCCAAAGCGGAUUCCCAUCCCACAAAGUAUCUCAAACAAACAAGGAUGUCGUACAAAGCAUACAAAGAUUUUGGCGGUAGUAACAAAAUUUGCUAAAAAAAAAUAUUAUUUUUAUAAAUUCUUGUUGAUUUAUGCUCAAAGAGAGAUUAUAAAUGAAUAAAAUAUUAUUUUGGUG